AUGACGGUUGAUAAAGGCCACACCAAUACCGCGUUCGUCGGAGACGAAGCAAUCAAUGGCAAGAAACCACCCCAGGCGAAGACUAUCGAUCCCAACAUGUACACGUUGGAGAUCCAGGAGAAGAAACCCGGACUCGAGACGGAGUACGAUCCGUACCAGCAUCGACACGUUGAGCAUCCGACGACAAACAAUGAGACUCUGAUUCAUCUGCUAAAGGGUUCCCUCGGUACGGGCAUCCUUGCCAUGCCGAACGCCUUCCAUCAUGCCGGCUGGACAGUUGGUGUGGUCGGUACGUUGCUGAUUGGGUUACUCUGUACCUACUGUAUACACCUGCUGAUUAAAGCAGAACACGAGCUGUGCAAGCGGAAACGAGUGCCGAGCCUGAACUAUCCGGCGGUUACGCAGACUGCACUGCUUGAAGGACCGGAAGCGCUUAAACCUUUAUCCAAAGUUAUAAUACAUAUAGUAAACGUGUUUCUGCUCAUCUACCAGCUCGGUACUUGCUGCGUGUACGUUGUAUUUGUGUCGUCUAACAUUAAGGCCAUUGCUGACUACUACACCGAGACAGAUACCGAUGUGCGGCUGUACAUGCUGAUCAUUCUUCUGCCACUCAUCCUGAUCAACUGGGUUAGGAAUCUGAAAUUCUUGGCACCAUUCUCGACGGUAGCUAAUUUUGUGACGCUUGUCUCGUUCGGCAUCAUCCUGUACUACAUCUUCCGCGAGCCCAUCUCGUUCGAGAAUCGCGACAAAGUCGGCACAAUGAGCGGUUUCGCGCUCUUCUUCGGCACAGUGCUGUUCGCUUUGGAAGCAAUCGGUGUGAUCCUGCCAUUGGAGAAUGAGAUGAAAAAUCCGAAAAAGUUCGGUGGUAGUUUCGGUGUGCUGAACAAAGCUAUGAUCCUGAUCGUCACAUUGUAUAUUGGUAUGGGCUUUUUUGGAUAUCUGAACUACGGUUCAGCUAUAAAGGGAUCGAUUACGUUGAAUCUGCCUGAGGAAGAAAUCUUGGCACAGUGCGUUAAGGGAAUGUUAGCCUUCGCCAUCUACAUCACCCAUGGACUGGCGUGUUACGUAGCGAUUGAUAUUACCUGGAACGACUAUUUGAAGAAGAAUUUGGGUGAUUCUCCACGAAGCAUCUUUUAUGAGUACAUCGCACGAACGGUGCUAGUGUUAAUCACAUUCCUGCUGGCAGUAGCCAUUCCCAAUCUGGAACUCUUCAUUUCACUGUUCGGAGCACUUUGCCUUUCUGCCCUGGGCAUUGCAUUCCCUGCAUUGAUACAAACCUGCACGUACUGGCACCAUCGGCAGGGUAUGGCAAAGGUGUGGAUGGUUGUGAAGAACAGCGUUAUUGGUGUGGUAGCCAUACUGGGGCUGGUGAUCGGUACCUCGACCAGCAUGAUCGAAAUCAUUCACACCUUCGGGCAUGACGAUUGA